ACGCGUUUGUUACUAUGGCAACAGCAUAGGUCCGGUGAAGUCAAUCGUUUCUCGAUAACUGAUGCUGGGAUCUGUACUCACACAUGGUAACAAGAGUAGAUAGGUUAUGUGGGCAUUCUUCACCCUGAUUUAGAACAUUAAACAUUGCCUCGAUCCCGCAUGUAUGUACUGUAGCGAUCUAGAGCUUACCGAUUGAUGGAGCCUUGUGACCUACACUCGUGGAGUUCUAUUUGUGAUCAAUUCCUUCGCUCGUGCUAAAUAUAGGACGUUCCUCCACCAUCUAUACGAUGGUGAAUAUUAACGUUUUCUUUCUUCCUGGUCUUCUUGUCGAGUUUGCUGAUGGUAACUAAUACAAUACUAUCCUGUCUUCCGAAAAUAUGACAUGAAUAAUUUUCAAUAAUAUGUCUUUCAUCUUUCCCGUGAGGAAUCAAAUAAAGUAGGUCAGGCGUGAUGGAUUCUGCCCUUGGCUUCUCGCCAUGGUGCAUUCACACACGUACAUUAUGUCUUUUUAACGCGACCUAGAUUGAGGGGUUUAUCAAAGAGUGAAGUAUUUACUCAAAGCACAAAGGCGUCAUCCACGCUGAACUUUGAAUGCAACUUAUUAUCUCGUCCACGUGAACAACCAUCUGUUUCGCCAUGGAGUUUCAACGACAGAAAUAUAUAUGCUGUAAACUAUAUGUCGGAACUAUAAUUUCCUUGUACCAGGGAUGUGUGACGGAAUAUACAAGAAGCAGAAUACAUAUGUUGACGCGUCUGAACUACUACUACAGCCACAAGGAAUACCCGGUAUUAUAUGGCAAGAAUUCCUCCUACCCUGGUCAGACACAGAUUCGGUGUCACACUCGGUGUGAUACACAUUGCGAGGAUAUAGGUCAGCUCCCGUCACACACCGUCAACCCGCAUGUCCUGGCAGCUGUUGGCAACACACUGGUCGCAAUGACGGGCCAGGCGUACUGAGCGCUCUUCUCAUACAAACAGAAUUCACAAGAGUCAGCGAAGUGGGAGCGUUGUGUUGAAGAUGGUGGGCGCUGAAGUCAAUACCAAAGACUGGCAUUUCGUCAUCGUCAUUACAGUGUCGUUCCUGACGCUGUUCUUCAACGCAAGUUUAACUUACGCCUCGGGUGUGCUCCAUGUGGCGUUACUGGAGACGUACCACGCUGACGUUGAUGUGACAGUCUGGCUCGGGUCUCUAUUCUUUAGCAUGUCAACUCUUGCAGGUCCACUUGCAAGUUUCAUCAUCAACGUAACAGACUGUCGCACCUGUGUCGUGAUAUCUGGAGUCCUCGGCCUUGUGGGUUUCUCUGCUAAUAUAUUUGUAGACGAUAUCAAAUGGCUAUUCAUAACAUAUGCCCUUCUUGCAGGAGUUGGAACCAGCCUGGCUCACACGGGUGCCAUAGUUGUCCUCGGAUACCAUUUUUCAGACAAUAUGAGUCUGGCUUGCGGCAUCGUCGUGUGUGGGAUGGCCGUUGGUUUGUUUGCCCAUCCACCGUUAUGCCAGUUCCUCAUAGAUACAUUUGGCCUUCACCAAGCAUUCCUCAUCGUGGGAGCAAUAGCAUUCCAUUCAUGUGUCUGUGGGAUGCUCAUGAAACCGACCAGAUUCGAGAGGGAACGUCGCGCCAAGGUAUUCAGUGGAAGGCCAACGCGUCUGACGCUGGUCAUGACGUUGUGUGGAGAUUGUUCUGGUUAUGCUAAAGUUUUCAGGAACAAAUCGUUUCUGUUCUUUCUUAUGUGUAGUUGUACAUUCGGCAUGGGCUCAUCAGCUAUGUAUUUGUACCUCCCAGACUUUCUACGGAAACAAGGGAUAUCUCUUCAAGCAGCAUCUUUCAGCGUUUCAACUUCGGGUGUAGGUGGCGUAGUCUCGCGUGUUCUCACGGGAUUUGCAGCACAAGAUCCAAACAUUGGCAGUGGACUGAUAUUUGCUUCCCUGAACGGCCUCAUGGGGGUGUUAUCUUUCCUCAUCCCCUUAUUCACAUCAACCUCAGCAACAGUGUGUGUGUACGGCUUCUUCCUUGGACUCUACACCGGUAGCAGCUGGGCACUGUUUAAUCCCAUCACAUAUGAAAUUCUUGGAAUGGAUCUCGUGGCAACCGGUUUUGGAGCUGUAAUGGGUUCUUGUGGCUUCGGAUUUCUCAUUGGUCCGCCUUUAGCAGGAUAUGUCUUCCAAAUAUCCAAGGUCUAUUAUGGCGUCUACAUAUUCGCAGGUGUGAUGUUCUUCUCUUGUGCUCUCUGUGGCCUGCUGUCCACAACUUUCAGGCAUUCAAGAAGGACUUGUCACGACACUGCGGAUGCGCUGAACCCAAAUGAAGUUGAAAUCAUCAACCAACAAGAAAGUGAACCAUAGGACUCUUGCAAAAUGUGAUAUAUUUGUUAGUUUCCAUUGUUGUUAUAUAUAAAAGUUAUUGAUUGAAA